UGCUAGUAACGCCCAUUAUUAGCGUUAGUUAUUUUUAACGUUAUCGCAUUAUUUUUUACCUGUGGUAUCACUACUGCAGCGCCCUCUGGCGAGCCACUUAACUUUUGGUUGCCAAUUUUUCAAAAUGGCUACAAUCCGCGCCUUCUAACUUCUCCGCACCCCGCAAUUUUGUUUUUGUUUAAACCGCUGACGUUAUUCAACCCCCUUGUGCCACAAACACACCUAUUGUACACACAACAACUCAAAAAUACAUCAUAACACUUCAAACAUUCGAAAAGUGUAUUAUAUUCCCGCCUAGCCUACGCUCAACGGCCACCAGGGGAAGCUGGUGCCCGGCGUAGCUAUAGAAUUUGGUGCCUCCUGUGAGGAUUAGUCCUCAAAACAUUGUUUGUCGACCGCGUUUUCUCGUGUUACCCGCCAUUUUCUUGUUAGAAAAAAUUGGAAAUUAUUUUCUAUGUAUUUCAGCUUUCUUCGAAUUUAAACCUUAAUAAUCCGCCUUAUAACUACUAUUACUACUGUAAUUUACAUAUUUUUUGUGUGUGUAAAGCGGCAUAAUCGCAUAUUUUCUUAUAAUUUUGUCCACCGCAUUUUUCUUGUGUGUUGCGUCACUAUGGCGCCACCCACUGAGAAAGAUUUUCGCAAAAAAAUAUACAUUCUCGAAUCACGCCGCGAUGCUUAUUAUGCACGUAUGCAACGUAUUUAUGAUAGCCGUCCUUCUAUUUCAAAGGUAGAAUCUUGUGAUUUAUUUCUUUCACAAUGUGAAACAAUUGACGACAUCCGCAAGGAAUUUAUGGCCACCAUUAACGACAUAAAUUCACUGAAUAUGGAGUUAGAUCCCGAAUUCAUUCCUGAUUUUAAUUCAUGGAGUGGUUUUGAAGACAUUUAUUGUGCUAUUCGACAUACAAAAAAUGUAUUGAAUCGUAAUGUAAAACAAGACGAACAGCCUAGGUCGUGUUACGCGAAAUUACCUCCCAUCGAGAUACCUGAUUUCAAUGGGAACCCCGCACAAUGGAGUUUAUUCUAUGAAACCUUCAAAUCCACUGUUCAUUCCAACAUGUCGCUAUCGAAGUCUGAGAAGUUAUAUUACUUGUUGGGACGUUUGAAGGGACCCGCGCAGCUAGUAUUUUCCGGCAUAAGUCCCACCGCUGAUAACUACGAAUGCAUUUGGAACGCAUUAGUAACCAAAUAUCAAGACAAGCGUUUUUUAGCAAAUGUAUUUCUUGACAACAUUUUUGAUUCAAAGGCUUUGCCGAACCCCGCUACCGCGUCUCAGUUGGAAACGUUUAUAGAUAAGUUUGCCGCAUCUGUCGCCGCGCUAAAACAAUUAAAUAUUGUAGGCCUGAGCGAUUAUAUUUUUAUUUAUCUCGCUUUGAAACGUUUGGACCGUGACACCGCAAAAGCAUUUGAAAUGUUUGUUCGUGACACUGACAUACCUACUUAUGAUCAGUUUAUCGACUUCAUGAAGGGCCAAGUUAAGAUUAUACAACGCACUAACAACACGGCUACUUCGUCGAAAGUUGUUCAAAAGGAUGUUGUUAAACCAAAAAUGGUUUCCCCUCCUAAAAUUACGCAUACUUACAUUUCCGCGACUUCUCAUAAUAAUUCUGACUCUGUAUGUUCUUUGUGUAAUGCAAAUCACGAACACAUUUACAACUGUAAAGCAUUUCUUGACAUGUCCCCCGCAAACAGACAUACAUUUAUUAUGGAAAAUAAAUAUUGUACUAACUGUCUCAGUUCCAAACAUAAAUGGACCGCUUGUAAAAGCACGAGUUCUUGUCGCAAUUGUGGCUAUCGACAUCACACUUUAAUUCAUUUAUCUAAAACCGCUUAUGUAAACGAGGAUAGAAAGUUGUCCCGUACUCCUCUCGUAAAACCGCAGGUGGACAAACCGCAGCAAGUCUCAUCAACGCCGCAAGACGCCGAGUCACCCCACCACGCUGAUCGACAUGCAACGACGUCGUGUAUGCCGGUCUCUCUCCCGCAAAGACCUCAGCCGCAUAACCAUGUCUCUUCUCCCGCUCCCGCACACUCGGUGGACGUACCCAUCGCAGGCAGUGUUUCUUAUCUGUCUGCUGAUAAUCCGCGCGCGAAUUUUAACUCGCAGAACCCGCCACUUAGUACAUCUGUUGUAUUAGGUACCGCUUGUGUUUACGUCCGCGAUCGUUAUGAUAAUCUCGUCCUAUGUCGUUGUAUUAUCGAUCCGGGCUCGCAAAACAACUUCAUUACCGCUUCUUGUUGUCGCAAAUUAGGGUUAAACAUUGAACAAUUAAACCGCAAAACUAUUAUUAAAGGUUUAGGUGACCAUUCGAGUACCGCUCGCGGAAAAACACAUUUAACUUUUCAUAGCCGCGUAAACGCUGAGCAAAGCUACUCGAUGGACACUCUAGUCCUCAAUACAAUCACCGAAAAGUUGCCAACCGUCCCGAUAAAUAUUUCAUCGUGUGACUAUUUAAAAACAAUACCGCUCGCUGAUGAUAACUUUUCUUCGCCCUCUGAUAUUGAGAUUCUUAUCGGUGCUAAACUGUUUGUUGACAUUCUAUUACCGGAUAAAAUAGUCGGACCGCCGUACUGUCCGUCCGCUUUUUCCACCACUCUCGGUUAUAUAGUGAUGGGCGAUGCUCAGGUUGAUACGGAACCCGUAAGUUCUGUUUCUUACUUCGCUACCGGCGAAUCUAUACAUGACGAUCUGGAAAAGUUCUUCAAGUUAGAGGACUUAAAAGAUAAACCCGUUUUAUCUCAUGACGAUCGAGAGUGUGAGUCAUUUUAUCAAUCGACAACCUUACGUGACGGCUCUGGACGUUUUACCGUAGGACUACCUUUUAAAGAGAACCCUAAUUUACUAGGCGAUUCAUUAAAAACCGCACGCAAUCGUUUUUUAUCUCUUGAACGCAAGUUUCAAAAAAACCCGCAUUUUAAAGCCAGAUAUGACGAGGUCAUACGCGAGUACCUAGACAAGGGUUAUUUACUAGAAAUACUCGAACCCAAAACCAAUAGUGAGGGUUUUGUUUUACCGCAUCACGGGGUACUUCGCGAAGAUAAAUCGUCUUCAAAACUUCGCAUUGUUUUGAACGCAAGUGAGAAAACCAGUUCCGGUACCUCACUCAAUGACAUUCUACAUACUGGCCCCGCAUUACAAUCGGAUUUGUUUAAUAUUUUAUUGAAUUUUAGACUGUUUGGUACCGCUGUAACCGCAGACAUUCGUCAAAUGUAUUUACAAAUACUUACCCGCGAGCAAGAUCAACCUUAUCAACAAAUCAUUUACCGUUUCGACCCCCGCGAACCUCUACGUUUCUUCGCUUUUAACCGCGUUUGUUUUGGGCUUCGCUCGAGUCCUUUCUUGGCUAUCCGCACCAUUCAUGAGCUCGCUCAUCAAGAGAGAGAAAGGUUUCCUCUCGCAGCGACGCUCGCGUUCCGCGACUUAUAUAUUGAUGACAUAGCUAGCUCGUUCGCUACAACGGACGAAGCAGUUACCGCCGCGCAACAGCUGAUUGAUAUGUUCAGCGCCGGUUGUUUUGAAAUGGUUAAAUGGUCGAGUAAUGCCCGCGACGUUUUAUCCACCGUUCCUGAAUCGCACCGCUUAACAGACCCUGUCGAUCUCGAUAAGGAUGAAUCUUUGAAAAUAUUAGGAAUGCAAUGGUUUCCCGCGAGUGAUUUAUUCAAGUUCACGAUCACUCCGUCCGAUCGAGUUUGUACAAAACGCAAUAUGUUGUCCACUAUCGCCCGCUUAUGGGACAUUUUAGGUCUUGUAGGACCGGUGAUUGUUACCGCGAAAAUUCUAAUAAAGGAGUUGUGCUCGCUCAAGCUCGACUGGGACGACACUCCACCCGACUACAUAGUCCACGAGAUUUAG